AUGAAAGCUGGGUUUCGAGGAGCUGGAUUAAUACCAUUUAAUCCCGAAGCUGUACUCUCAAAAUUAGAUAUUCGAAUUCAUACACCUACUCCUCCUCCUUUCGAUUUGGAUCUUUGGAUCUCUCAAACCCCUCACAAUUCAACUAAAGCUCUUUCUCAAUCAACUUUAGUAAAAUCUCGAAUAUCUCGUCAUCAAUCAAGCUCUCCUACACCUAUAUUCAAAACUGUACUAGCUUUAGCUAAAGGUAUAGAAAGAUUGGCAUAUGAAAAUACACUUUUAAGUGCAGAAAACUGUAUACUUCGGAAGGCAAAUGAGGCAUUAAGCAAACAUCGACGUACAAAAAAAACUCAAUUACGGCAAGGAGGAGUACUUACUGGACAAGAAGCUAUGGAUAUAUUAUCUCAGCAAGAGGUUGAUAUUCAGAUUCAACGCGACGAGCGUCAAAAUGGGGGGAAUUCUAAUGGGGAAGCAUCUUCUAGUAGAUGCUGUACUUACCCGAGAUCAGAUAAGAAGAUGUUCUUCCACGAAUCUUGGGGUAAUAUUUUUAUCUGUGGGGAGACCAUGCAUUGUUUCCGCAGUUAA